AUGGCGACAAACGGAACUGCGGGGGUCCGCCGUCCCUUCAAGGAGUGCACCGAAGUCUCCGACUUCUGUCCCGUCGAGAUGACGGUGCUGUCUUACUAUCCCAACCUCGGCGCCAACAUUUUCUUCGCCGUCGCCUUCGGCCUCGUUGUGCUGGUAUCAGGCUUCCUAGGCACAUGGAAGCGAACAUGGACCUUCAUGCUCUUCGUGACUGGUGGUACGAUUUUGGAGACCGUUGGCUACGUCGGACGCGUCCUGAUGCACGACAACCCUUGGAACAAGGACGCCUUCCAGAUGCAAAUCUGCACCAUCAUCCUCGGCCCGACCUUCAUCUGCGCCGGCAUCUACCUCACCCUCAAGCACGUCUCCGCGAACCUCAACCCGGCCCUCUCGCGCAUCCGUCCGCGGCUGUACCCGAUCAUCUUCCUCCCCGCCGACCUCACCUGCCUCAUCAUACAGGCCAUCGGCGGCGGGCUCGCGGCCGCAGCGGGCCAGACAAACAAGAAGCUCCUGGACGGCGGCAACCGCGCCAUCAUUGCCGGAAUCUGUCUCCAGGUCGUGGUGCUGAUGUUGUUCGGGGUGGCGGGCGCCGACUACUUCAUCCGCGUGCGGAGGUGGGCCGCGAGUCCCGAUACCGAUCCCGCGCAGCUCACGCUGUGGCACCAGAAGAAGUUCAAGCUGUUCAUGUACAGCAUCGUCGGGGCGUAUGCUUGCGUCAUGAUCCGUUGCAUCUACCGUGUUGCUGAGAUGGCCGGCGGAUGGGGCAACCACAUCAUGCAGGACGAGAUCUCGUUCAUGAUUCUCGAUAGCGGACUCGUGCUGAUUUGCGUUUCGCUGCUGACAAUCUUCCACCCCGGUGUCUUCUUCCCGCAGAUGGCCAACUCGCGCAAGGUGGAUGUUGGGGAAAAGAACGAGGCGACGACUACGACGACUCCUGAGGGCACCAAGGUCGAGUCGGGACGCGAGUCGGCAUGA